AGAGAGACAGAAAGAAGCAGAAGGAGAGGAGAGAGAGAAAAAAGGAGACGGUGGGGAUGUUUGUGAACGUGCGGUAGCCGUUGCUGCAGGUAGUCACAUCCGGAUACAGGUUUUGUAGCCUGCGGCACACCGCCUCAGGGCCUGCCUCUCUCCUCUUCAGCCCUUCUUCACAACCCUCCGAAAUGUCUGGCGGAGGAGAGGUUCGUGUCCUACGCCAAGAGGCCGGCCAAGAGAGCCCGAGGAUGCCGGCCUGGAAGCGAGAGAUCCUGGAGAGGAGGAAAGCGAAGGGUGGGGGGUCUGGGGGAGCCGGUUCGGUCGAGACAAGUCCCGGUGGUGUGGGCCAGCAGCGAGUUAACGGCGACUGCACGGGGAACGUUAACGGGAGCAGCAGCAGCAGCAUACCCAAGAGUGACAGCGGACCGAGCGGGCGGAACUACACCAUCAACACAGCCAGCCAACAUUUCUCCAACAACAAAGAGCCUCGUCCAGCUGCCCCAGAGAGGACAAGUUCGAGGGAGGACGAGGGACAAGAGAGCCUAGUGCUACAGGAGAGCCUGGGCCCGCUGGAGGAGAACCCAUUCAUUAAGCUGGAGAAGGAGCGGAGGAGGCGACAGGACCGAGAAAACGCCGCCCGUCCUGUGCAGCACAUCCUGGAGCUGUACGGCAGCGUGCCCGGCAUAAGGACUAUCCGUGCUGAUAACAUUAUCAUAAUUGAGUCAGACCCGGAUUAUUUUCCAGAAGCUGGAGGGUUAAAAAGCGGGUCUCAAUGGCAGCAGAACGGUGUCAGUAGUUAUAGUUCUCUGAACGACCUCCUGGACCGGAGAGGGAGUGCUGUGACUGAGAUAAGAGCCAAGGAAGUGGUUAUUUAUGACACCACGUUAAGCAAGAGCGAGGAGAACCUGAGCACCCUGGGGCGCCCUGAUCAUGAGGUGUCAUCACAUGAGACAGGUCAGGGCCAAGGAAGGGUCAGUCGGAUGUUGCAGAAGUUUGACAGCAACUAUGGGAAGCUGCAGAAGAAAUCUCACAGCACAGAGAACCUGCUGGACCUUGAUUGUAGUUCCAGCAGCAGGCCAAGACUCUGGUCCAAACAACAGUCAGAUGUUGUGCCAAAGCCCAAGCCAGGCCCAUCGGUCAGCAGCUCGGGCAGCAGCCAGCCAUCAUCACCUGUCUUCCAGGGUUCCUGGUCUUCCAAACCAAAGCCACAGACUGCUGUCCCCGACCCCAGCAGCCCUAAGCGUACUUCUGCACCAUCUCCGUCCGUGUCUUCAUUUAGACAGCGGUUUGAGGAGAGCGGAGUUCAUGGAACAGCUGCCACUCCAAGAGAUGAACCAGACAGAGGGCAAACAAAGCCCACCAGAGAGAGAGACUGGGAGGGUGCUGAGGUACCAUCCAAACCCAAGGUGCCAUGCUCUCCGGAGACCCUUCUUGCUCGUGCCGUGUCCCCCUCAAGCCCGAUCUCAAAGGUGUCGCACUCCUCUCCUGACUUUGAGAUCCGACCCUCUCCAAAGCCAGAUCUUUCCAGGAUUCCUGAUGGGGAUCUGCAGGCUCGGGCCCUUGCAAACUUGCGCCUGCAGUCCAAAAACUCCUUUCAAGUCAUCCCCAAGCGGCGUCCCAGCCCAACACCAUCAAGCCCGAUUAGGUCUUCCCCCUCCAACAGAGGGGCAGUGGUGCCCACGCCAGGAGUGCCAAACUCCCAUGUCCCCAUGCCCACUUUGUCGCCCUCAAAGAGGAAUGAGGAGAAACUGAAAGAGGAGAGGGAGGUGGAGAGGCUGGUGAGGCCAUCCAAGCCUGAACCAUCUCCUGCUAUUGCCACUAGUCCCAUUCCUGUUCCGACCACAGAACCCUCGUCUCCUCCUCCGGCUCUGACCCCAGUUCCCUCCUCUCCACCUGCUCCAUCUUCACCCCCAUUUUCUCCUUCUUUCUCUCCUGCUCCCUCAGAAUCUCCUGCCCCAUCCCCCGUCCCUUCUACCCCCUCUCUCCUGGCUUCUGAACAGUCUCCCACAGAUCAGCUGCCAGUAACAAACAUUGAUGACAUCGAUGUGGAGCCCCCACAGCGAGUCCCUGUACCCAGCCCCAUGGUGCACAGGAAAAAGGGGAACACCUUCACUGUGGUACCUAAACGUAGGCCAGAGCCUGAGGCUCAGCCUAGCUCACCUGAGCCCCAGCAGGACGCCUCGAGUGAAGGCACAGCAGGCUCCACGCCCCCACAGGCCCCGUACUCUCAGCUGGGCUCCCUGCUGAAGAAACGCUACCCUGCUGUGGAGGAGAUCGAGGUCAUCGGUGGAUACCUGUCUCUUGAGAAGUCCUGCCUCUCCAAAACUGGCUCAACAGGCAAGAAGCUAAAGAUCUCCUUCAAUGAGUCCAGUCUGAAGAGUACAUACGAGUAUCCAUCAGAGAACAGCUGGGACAGUGGGGAGGAGGAUGAGGGGGAGAAACAGGACACAAAGGUGGCAGAAGAACAGCCAAGCAUGGUCGGACGCAUCCACAUCCCUCGGCCUAGUUUCGCCAACUCACCAACUCACCUGAAUAACAGCAACGAUCUCGCCAGCUAUGUCCCCAAGCACUCGGUGGACUACAGCACGUGGCAGGAGCAGAAACUUGAAGAGAGUGCUUACCAGGAAGAAAAAGCUGCUCAGCAGCCCGAGAUAACCGAGGAGGUUAUGCUCACACCAGCAGACAGCUCCUCCCUGUCGGACUACAGCAGCGAGCCAGCGCUUUACUUCUGAUCAGUCGGACCAAUCAGCUGUACAGUAGCAUCUCAUCCGUGGGACCAGACUGCAGAUUGGGCCCGGUGAGGUCUGCGACACCGAGGCCUGGACUGCCUCCAGCUCUACACUCCAGCCGUCUCUAAGCACAUCACCCUGAUCAGACAGGAAGUAUAAACAUUUAUUUUUAUUUCUUUUUGGCUGAUUUCCUGCCACAGUUCCACUGCACGCCACAUUAUCGACGUCAUAUCAGAGCAGGACAGCUUCUCAUCAAGUGGCCUGUGUUUGAAUCCCACUUCAAUCCUGAUCUGAAUAAAAGCAAAAGCAGCUGGACUGUGUUUCCCUUGAAAUCCUGGACAGUUGAUCUGUCAGCCCCCUCCAUCCUCUUCAUCCUCUCUAACAAACAUCAGUGGGAGAUGUCUGUUUUCCUCUCUACGCUCUGGAAGAAGUGCGUCACAUCUUCAACAUUUGCUUCUCUUUUAAGUGGAUGUUGAUGAGCAAAGGAGCCGAGGAACAGAAAGCCGCCAGUGCCCAUGUAUGAAGCUUAAUGCCACGGUGACAGAGUUCAGUGUUAGCAUGGAAACGUCUCCACAAACAGAGGACGUGAGGUAUCCGCCUGUGUAGAUCGCUGGCAGACUCAAACACAAAAACAAAAAAAAAAAAAAAACGGAUAAAGGGUGCCACAAUUGUAGUUUUUGUCUUUUGUUGUUUUUGUAUCUGCAUGUUUGUUUCUCUUUUACUGUAAAGCUUCUGUAUGCCUUUUAGUUUUUGUAUGUUUUUCUGGCAAACUAUGCUGUAUUGAUGCUGCUGGACGUUUUAGUAGGAGAGUCUUGAUGGCACGCAAACUUCAACAGCUCCCUUAUCGUUGACAGGGGAGGGAAAAUAUGCAGCCCAGGGAAGAUUUUUCUGUCAAUCAGCAGCGGCUCUGAUUUCUGAUCAAAAAGCUUGAAAAAGUGACCUUGGCCAACAAUGUCUGUACGUCCGUAUCGCUGUUAAAAACAAAAACAUCAUACUGUAGAAUGUUUCUGUAUAUUCUCUAUCAGGAUAUCUGUGUCAUGUCACGUUUAUCAUAGCAACUGUAUGUAAGAAGUGGAUGUUAUAAGUAGAAUAUCACCCAUUGGUUUAUGAACUAGAACAUGGAAUUUCUUGGUAUGGCCAUUAUUUAGUCAAGAGAGAAAAGACAGAUGGCAAACAAUAACUUUUUUUAGUUAUGCAGCAAAGCAGCAUCUCCUUAUUUAUUAUGUGUCUAAUUAUCUGGAUAACUUUUUAACUGGAUUGCUUUUCAUUUAUUGACUAAAAAUCUUAAAAAACAUUAGAAACAGUGAAUUUGCUGGCUGCUUUUGCCAUGUCACUGCAGGGCAUUACUAAAGAAAAUGAACUGGAUUACUAACACAGUUGGUCUCCCCAUUUCUAUGGCUGUUGUUCUGCUACCACGCAGAAUCCUACAACAAUCCUGACUCUUGGGGAUGCACGCAGUUAACUGGCUUCAAGGCUAAAUUCACAUAUCAAACUAGCUGAUGCAAGAUUUACAAAUCUGUUAAACUACUUUGCUGUCUUUUUUAUAAACACGUGUGAAAUUCCAGUCAGAUGUUCUUGUAAAACUAGGAUGAAACUUUCUGCCACUAGUAGCUACUGUAGCUUCAGUUAAUGGCUGUUGCCUUCCUGCCAAAGCUUUCCCCUGGUUCUUCACUGGACAUAAACGUGAAAAGUUAACAUGUUGAUGAUAUUUUGAGUUAGAAAAUAGAAAUACGGUUGUUCUUGGCUGUUGAAGGUUAUACUCAUGUAUAAAUACUCAAACAAGGUGAUGAGUAAUCAUAUUAAGCACAAUAUUAAUCUAAGAGGUUGAAGGCUUGCAGAGCUAGCUGCUGACUUUAGCCACACUACUCGACACAGAAGUCUCACCUUUUUCCACUUUAGUCUAGUUAUGCAUAGAUUAGUAAUGCAUGUUAAAUGGGAUAGGGAAUAGCGACUUGGAGACAUCACUAAUGACUCACAUGUGCACCCCAUUUAGAAAUAAAAUAGUUAGGGUUGGUGUCAUUUAUGGUCAGAAAAUUUUUACUUUGAAAGGAGAAAUCUAAAAUCAAGAAACAGGCUGUUUACCAAUUAGCAUUUAAAGAUAAGAAAGCAAAAUACAAAGAAAAAGACAUGCCCAUUGGCUCUUUCAAGCAGUUUGAUAUUGAAUUAAGAAUUAAAAAUGCUUAAAUGAAAAUCAAGCCAUGACGCAGCAGUUGCACAGCCGCCAUGCACCCAGUCUAUAUUGUCUGUUUGGUUGCUGCUUGGCAGUCAUCUGCCACUACCUGUGGCUAUGACUAUAAUUUCUUAUCAUAUUGUAGUUUUUACUUGUGUUGUGUUAAGGUUUUUAUUGACUAAGACACCUGCUUCAGAGACAAAAGUACAAAUUUUGUAAUAGACUGUGAGCCCUAGUUUAUUUGUUGUGAAGAUUGACUUGCUCCUCGAGCCAGCCUCAAGGUGAUGUUCGACUCCAGCAUCAGCUUUAGUUCUCAGCCCCACAGUUUUAACCUGACGCCCUAGAUAGACUAUAGCUACACCAAGCUAAUUGCCACAAAGGUCGUCGUUGUUUACCAGUUUCCAGUACAACUAAACCCUGCCCAUGGCUACCGCCUCAUUCCCCUCAAAUGCCACUGUUUGGUCUGGUCCGUUCUCAGACUUGGCACGCUCGUUUCAGACUUUGCAAGAUGAAUUUGCCUGAUGACAUACAUGGAAUCUUGCCAGUCUGUUGGGUUUGCAAAGUUACAAAACGUUUUUGUUUUACUGCCUCACUUCUAUUGCUGUUAAUGACUUAAAACUAGUGAAAAAGACAAGUCACUCAUUUGUAAUAUAUUUAAUAAUGGAAUACAUCAAGAGAGGGUUGUUCUCUUUAGAAAUGCACUGAUGUGUUGACUGAACAUAUUGGCACUAAUUUGCACAACCAAUGCAUCAUUAGUUGUCUCAAAUUGUUCUAUAUUUACUUUUGCAACCAAUGAAGCCAACACCCUUUGGCUUUCCUUUGAACUCAAGAGAGUACAUCCACUUCUUACAUCCAGGUUAUGGAUUUAUCAGAAGGUGUUAAACCUUUUGUGUAUUUAUUCCUGCUUACAGUUGAAGUUUGCAUGUCUGAGACCUGCUCUUGUACAUAGGACAUUUUUGUAAAAACAGAUUCACUCAUGUUGAAGGAAUCAGACUAGUGCAAACAACCCCAAUGGACUUAUUAGUUGUUUAUUUUCCAGUCGGACCUCAUGUACUCUCACAUUCCACGGAAGAAGAACACGGUCCAUUGAAGUAUGGAGGCAGCAGAAGUAUGACCACUUGUGAUCUAGCAUGUUUGAGAGAACGAAAGCAGACGUAUGAAAGAAAACCAUUUUUUAUUAUUGAGAUUGUUUUAUAUACAAGAAUGCAUCAAGUUUCUAGAUGAUUUUUUUAAACUCAUAAUGCCAACGGAUUAAAGUGUUGCUGUGACGGCCUCACAUUCAGUCGUCACAUGCCCAGGAUCGACCCCCUUCGGCCAGUAUUGCUGUACAGUUUCCACCGUUUUUUUCACAGAUGUAUUUCGUACUCCUCUUAUUUUUGUUCAUUUCUUCAAUCAGAUGAAAUUUGCUCAGUCUUUGCUGGAUGAAUUUAGGAGUUACCUGUCUUUGUCUGGAGUCUUGGAUGUUAAAUGUGUUGUGCUUUUUGCUUUGUUUUGCACCUCAUGACAAGAAACAAAGCAAGCAAUGGAGAAAAUGUGCACUUAAGAGAAGAAAAAGUCUGCUUGAAGAGUUUUGUUUUGAAACAGUAACCACUAUUGAAGCCUGCUUUUUUUAUACAACCACUGAUUGUACGUCAGAGACAAAAGAAUUUGGAGAAAUCCAUUUUUUAAAUAAUAAACAAAUGAAUAAUGUCUCAAACAGAACUCUUCAUGAUGAAUGCACUGCCGAUGAAUGCCAUGUUCAGUUUUUUUACUCUGUUUGCCACGGCCUUGCAUCAGACGUCUUAAGAUUGUCUGCCUUUUUGCUGUGACUUUGUAGCCUACGUAUAGAUCUCCACACAGGUCUAGAGCUUCAUUCUUAUCUGUUGUUGUUCAUUGUUGGCCAGUUUGAUGUAAAAUCUUUCUAAAAGAACCAUACCAGUGAUCUUUUUUCCAUUUUUAAACCCAUUUUUUACAAAUAACUUUGUAUUACUGCCAACCAUUCCACAAAUUAUACUAACCAUGUGGUUUACAAGUUUGAAUGCACUUUUCCAACAAUUCCCAGUGCUCCAUUCAUUUCCUUUUAACUCAGUAUGGCUCGGAAAUCAACUGCAAUACCAGUUUAGUUCAGUCAUAAUACCGAUGGUCUCUGUAUUGUGUAAAAAAUUGAUCUAUACCAAAAUUAUUCUCAUCUUUAGGGAAAAAAGGCAAUUGUUCUUUAUAACACACGUUUGUUUUAAGCAAUGUGCUUAAUUUCUUUAGUUACAUGCGAAGCACAAGGAACACAACACAGUUUUAUCAAUUUCAAACUGGUCAAAUCAUGAUUUUCUUUGCAAAAUGUCAAGUUGAAAUAUAACUCUUUGUAAGUAUUUGUAUUCCUUGAUUGGUGUCGCAUCAAUUACUGUACCGUAAAAACUGGGAUACACCAUUGCCCUAACUCAGCUCCUUCAAACCAAAAUGGACUUUAUAAUGAUAUUUUCCUCCUUAAAGUGUGUUCCCAAAGAGACAUGAACUGAUUCAAAAAAAAAUUUUGGACCAGUCUGUGUAUUUCUACCGUAAAAGUCAAAAUUUUAACAUGAGGUGAUUUUGGUGCUUCUGCUGCCAGCUUCAAGUGAACAAUUGUUUUUUCAAGAUCUUAGCGUUUGUUUUCUUGGCACAACGACGCUAGUUAUCCUUAGAUAACAUUCUUUUCAGUUUAGUCGAGAAAAUCAACCUGUGGUCAUGGGGGAAAAAAAACAUUUUAAUCAGAAUAACAUAAAAUAGUAAAGAUCUUGAGAUCUCACAGGGAAAACAAAUGAAUUAUGUCUACCUGGGGCUACCAUACAUAACCAGUAUGGAGGGAAAUUUUCUAUCCUUGGGGGGAAAUAUCGACUUAAGAACUGUUGCAUUAUUACGUGUUAGAAUAUAAUUAUAUAAUAGGUUUAUAUCAGUCUGUUGUGAUCAUUAUAUUGAUAGAUCUACCACGCAAUAACAGAAAGCAGUCCACUUUUAAAACUGAUCCAUGUGAGUUUAAAUCAUUUGAAUAUAAUGAGGAAAUGAAUGGAAAUCAAUGUCUGCUUACACAUGGCAGUAAAUUAAUGGGCUCACACUCCUCAAACACACUGGUAUGGUUCUUACGGUUUGAUUUGGACCUGCUGUGGAGCCUUUGGCAACCGUCACACACGACGCCUGUGGAUCCAUCUGUGGUAGCCGAUGCCUUCAAAGACUCAAACACCAAAGAGGUCUUCUCUUUGUGGGAAUCUGUAACCCUCUGCUUCUCUGUAAACUGACUCACAGCAUGGAUAUCUUCACUGAUGUCCAUUACUCGGACACAGAAACAAACCACUUGUCUUCUGACGCUUACUCGUGGCCUCUUAAUGCAGUGUUUCUCCCAUCUCCUGUUGCAAAGUGAACAGUUUGUUUUUAGUCACGUUGUAGCAGCUCUGUGGUAAAAGCUCCAUCUUUCUUCACUUCUUACUUUCCCCUCGUCUGUAAAUUGAUACAUCUCAGCAGAUGUGCUUACUGUAAAGUUAUUGUCAAAGAUUCGGGCAGAAAAGAAAAACAAAAACGUGAUGUCAUACUUGUACAAAUGAAAGCUCAAUAAA